GCUAAAGACUCAGACUUGCGCUUCAAUUUCAAGAUUCAUGAGCUCUGCUCUGAUUCUGAGAGAAAACGUUUCAAACCCCGCAGCAUUGCAAGGUUUCCACUCCUCUGAUGUUUCUCCUCUGUUGGAUGCCUUGGAUGCUGCUUGGAUGGCAGAAUCAUUAGUACUCAAAGACCAACAGUUCUGCUUGAUGAAGACUGCAGCGCCAGCUCUUUGAACCGUCUUGUUGAAGUCUGCUGGCUUCCGAAGUCUGCCAAAGAUUACCCUCAUCUCUUGACCUGUAUCCGUUGAGCUUUCUUCAAUAACCUGCUCUCGUACAGCCUUCACAGCAAAGUGUCCGUAAAGUAGUGUCAAUCAUCAGAGGCUUGCUGUAAGAAGGCUCUUACAAGAGUCAGCAAGCAAAGGAGGCCUGCAACUGGGAUGUUUUUGAAAGGAAGGUUCUCUUGAUAACUGCGUGCUCAGACGAACCUUCAUAUUUUGCACCUAAGCUGACUGGAACCAGCCUUAGACUCUGUUUGAGUCCAACAAAAUGGUUGCGAAGCGAAGGAGAGGUUUGAAGCAGGACAUUUGUUGGUUGGAAACUGGGAGAGAGAACCUAUGCUUGCCAGCAAUGACACUGAAAGGGGGGACUGCACUUCAGGUGCUUUUGUUGUGCGUUGCUUUUUGGGGCGCUUUGGUCAGAGCGACUCCAGUAGAGCGGUGCAGUGGAGACAGCGGGGCUCAGCUAUUUGCAGAGGUUGGAGGGAUUGACAGGGACUCGCAAGUGUCGCACAGCCCUCCCACAGGGCUCUCCGUCUGCUCGAACCACAGCAGUCCAGAUUUUUUGGCAAAUAGCUGCCCUUAUGAUGCGAGCGCAAAUGCAGAGGGAGGAAAAGUAAUGCAGAAUCCCAAAAGGAGUGAUUCAUUAGAUGAGGGCGCCUUGCCGCAGGAGGAGAGCAGAAUGAUCGUAGGAGAGGCGAUUCGAGAACUGGGCGACGGCCGAUGGGGCAAGGUCUACGAGGCUGAGGUCAGCGGAGUUGGGCGAGCCGCCGUGAAGCUCCUGAGUGACGCCAUGAUAGAGAUGGAAAAUGAUCUCGAGAUGAGCUACCAAGACUUUCGGACUGAGGCCGAGCUCCAGCAGCGGUGUCAACAUCCGAACGUCGUCAAAGUGUUUGGGCUGGCCCCGUUCCCCUCGUGGGGAAACGCCACGUCACGCAGCUGGGGCCGUCCCGACGGUGCAGUCGUCAUGGAGUUCAUAAUAGACGCGCAAGAGUUGAAGGAUAUGUUGGAGCAACUGAGCGAAAGCGACGGCGGAAUUCCGCUCGACUUCCGGGUGAGCUGCGCGCUGGACGUGGCACGUGGCCUGGCGCACGUGCACGCGCAGGGGGUCAUCCACUUCGACGUCAAACCGGAAAACAUUCUGGUGGACCGGCGAGGCAGCUGCAGGUUGAGCGACUUCGGAGUGGCGUGGGAUCCCAAGGGGGCGCCCAUACGCUAUAAGGGCAGGGGAAGCAUAGCGUAUAUGGCCCCGGAGCUCAUGCUCAGCAAUAAGCCGGCGAACACCAAGGUGGACGUGUACUCUUUUGGAAUCCUCAUGUGGAAGCUGCUGAUCGGGACGGACCCUCACGACGGGAUGGACUAUGAAGAGAUCAAAGCCACCGUCCAGAGGAAGGAGCGGCCGCCAAUCGACGCCGCGUGGGCACGGCGCGAGCCCGCAUGGCACGAGCUGAUGACGCAGUGCUGGCGUCAGCCGCCUCAUGCGCGGCCGGCCAUGUCGUGGGUCGUUAAGUCCCUGGAGAAGAUGCUGGAAUGAACAUUUUCUGAAAGAAGUUCCGCUCGGAAAGAGUGGUGUCGUUGAGGAGUUCGCCAGUAGAGAUGCCUAGCUCUCUAUGCAGGGCGGACCUUUGCGCUGGCCUCGUGUUGUAAAGAACUUUAGCAAGACAUUAAAAGUAUUGUCAAUGGGGUAUGCCAAGGUCAGAAAACAUGGUUGGUGACACCCGGAAAAGCGAUUGGAGGACGUGACAAGGGCCGGGUUAGCUGAUUGUGUCGGCCAGGCAAGAGACGUCAUCAAAAUACCCUCCAGCAUUUGUUGAUGAUAUAUGUUAGCAGGAACUUGAGACUGAGUAACGGUCCGACUGAACCGACGGUCGUGCAGUCAGUAACAGGCUGGGGCGCAGCAAAGC